AUGCCACAAAAUCAUGCACAUGAUGAUUUUGCUGAAAGCAAUGUGUCAUCUAGUGUCAAUACCAUUUCAUCUUCACCCAGUAAUACAUACAUCGAUAUGGUCAGUCAAUCAUUUGGGUCCCGCAAUAGAGGCUCCAAUGCUGCUAGUGCCGGAAAACUUUCACGUUUUGCUUUUAAUAUCUAUGGAAAUGGGGCUGGAAACAGUCCUUCUUCUUUUGCGGGCGCUAACUCUCCCACAAGAAUCUUAUCGAGGAAACAAAGAACUUCGGGUACAACAUUUGGGGGACCACAGACAGCUCAGAAGCAGCUUGUAUUUGGUGCAGCAGGAGAAGUUAACUGCAUGUGCAAGUCACAUGAAUCCAACGAUGUGCUAGCUAUAGGUGGUCAAAAAUUGCUGCAAGUGGUGCGAGCUACGGAUAACAAUAUUUCAAUUGUUCAUAAUAUCAACUCAAUAUCUGCUAAGAAAAAUCAGCAAACAAAGGGCAAAAGUGGUGCCGGAUUUAUCAGUGAUGUUGGUUUUGGUUAUCACAAUUAUAGUAAGGUGCUAGCUGCCGGAUCUAUUUCAGGAGCCAUCUAUACAUUUAAUAUCGCCAAGAAUUCGUUUUCACAGAUCAAUGUAUUAAAUGACCAUUCCAGAAGUGUUAACUCCCUUAAUUUUAGUUCAUUUACUUCUCAUGCUCUUCUCUCGGGAUCGCAGGACGGUACGGUGAAAAUUUGGGAUUUGAGAAUGAAGAGGACUAAAGCAACGACAACCAUUCAAGGGAACGCUGAUGCAGUAAGAGCUGCCAAGUUUUCAAACGUAACUGCAGGAAAAAUAUGUGGUAUUUUUGAUUCUGGUGUUAUAAAAAAAUGGGAUAUGAGACAACCAAAUCAGGUUGAACGGAAAGUUAAUGCUCAUACUGGGCCAGGCUUGUCUAUUGACUGGCAUCCUGAUAUUGACUAUAUCGUUAGUGGCGGAAGAGAUAAACAGAUCCAGUUUUGGAACAUGACCAGUACUGCCCUAGAUGUUAGAAAACCAGACCAUGUGAUAUCUACAAGUGGUGCUGUCGGAAAAGUUUCAUGGUGCAAUGCUCGUCAAAACUCUCCGGCAAACAUAUACAAUACAGAUAUUGCUUCAUGUUACUACAAUGACGACAAUUGUAUCCAGAUAUGGAACCUGAAACGGAGAUACGUUCCAAAAUAUCUUUUAGAAGGUCAUAAUAACCAAAUUACCCAAAUAUUAUGGAAGAAGCCCGAUACUCUUUGGUCAUGUUCGAAAGAUAAAACUUUGAUCCAGCACGAUCUCACCACUUCCUCCUUAUACAGUGAUAAUUUGCCGGUUGCUACUUCUGCAUGGAAUAGUAGCUCGGAUCUUUCUUUAUCAUUUGUAUCUCAAUUUCAGGAUAACUUUGUUUCCAGAGGAAGAAAUUCCUCACAGACAGGUGAUCAUGUCACUCUUCAAUCAGAUGAGAUAGAUUAUAGUGAUACAUUUGAUAGCAGACCCUCAUCAGAGGCUAUGCAAAGGUCAGACAGUCAGAAGUUAACAACAGAGAGUGAUCGAAAAGAAGAGGUAUCCCACUCUACUUUUCCCUUCUCCAGAGAGUACUCUACUCAGGAUUUAAGACAGAUUGAGCAUAUUGAAGCUCAGCGUCCCAAGAUGUAUAGCGAUCUUUCCACGGAUGGACUUUCUAGAACUCUAGAGAAAGCUUCGUUGCAAAAUCAACAGCUUAGAGUUCCAAGUUCCCAUGGACUACACGAGUUGAAAUCUCCUAUACCAUCAAGACUAUCCACUUCAAGGUCGCAGUCGGUAAACAUUGCCAAUUUCCAAGAGGAUGAUAGAGAGGGUUCUCCUAUAAUCUACAACGUAGAAGUCCCAUUGGAGUUUAAUGACGAUAAGGUAUUCAAUUUUCUUGCUGCUAACUAUUUAACUUCUGUUCCUUCUGAUAUGGAUAUUUUUUCCGUCUGCGAGUACAAUGCAAAUGUUUCGGCAAGUGUGAAUCGAUUCAGGGAUGCCCAGACUUGGAGGACCAUUAAAGCUAGUGUAGAAUGGGAUCAAUUUAGACGAUCGAGUGAGGACGCCGAUACAAUGCCUGGAUCAAAAUCCAGUGAUGAUCCAGAAAAGUCCAUUACACAAAAUAACAACGGACCCAGCGAUGAUGAUAGCCAAUCUGCGAUUGACACUGGAUUAGAAUCUUUAGCAACUUCUCAUUCCACGAGAUACGCUGAGUCUCCUCAAGGUUCCCUACCACUCUCCCAUAGAAAUUCAUUCAAUGAUGCAUGGAAGCCUCCUGCCAGGAAAUCAAAUACAAUGACCGAUAGGAGACCUCAAGAUAUGACUUUUGAAGAGGCUAUUGUUGACGGUGAUGACGAUGACCACUCUUCUUCCAAGCACACCACGAACUCGGAGCUGGAUCCCGAAUCAGAAAACGUUCUUAGUGGUCCUUCAAGUGCCAAACCUAUUCCUGGUAAAAACUCUAAAACGUAUGGCUCACUACCCUCUACUGUUGGGACGUAUUCAUACCAAGGAUUACUGCAACCUGACUUUGACGAUGAAAAGUCCCCACAUUUGCGAUCUCCUGGAUCUUUUGACAUGAGUUAUACACCUCCUAACUUGAUGGCCACCACGAGGAGAUUGACGAAUGACUUCAAAAAUCAACGUUCAAACGACACUCGUAUGAAAUGGAGAAGGUCUUAUUCCAAAGUGAGCAGUAUCAGUAAUAAGAGUCAACUUACGAAAAUAUUGAAUGAGGGUCCAAAGAAUCUAACUAUGGAUAAAAGGAAAGAGGAGGAAGAGAUGAAACAAAAAGAGGAAGACGAAGCUUCUCUAUCACAGUUAAAGGUUCCUUGGGCACCAGAAUUUAUUAUAAGGGAGGCUGCUGAGUAUAGUGCCAGCCUUGGUGAUUUGACGAUGAGUGGCACUAUUGGGCUUCUAUUUUUCAAAAUGUAUCCAAGAUCUUUAUCAACGUUACAGCUAAAGGAUUGGCUAUAUACCUAUGAUCAAAUAUUAAGAAGAAGACAAUUAUUCACUGUUGCCAGCGAGCUUUUGAAAACAACCUCCGAACUGUUUGAAAUUUUCAAAAUAAAAGGCCAAACAAAUACCUCAUUUCGGACAUAUUGCCAUCAUUGUAAUUCUCUUAUAUUGAAUGAAAAGUCUAAAGAAAAGAUGAAAAGUGUUUGUUGUCAUGUGGUCACAGAGGCCAUUUUGGGUGUAUGA